CAUACCUUUAACAGUAAGGCCUUCGUUCUGGCGCCAUCUUCUUGAAGCCUAUGAAAUCCAAAGAGUGAGCUGCAAAGUGGAGAGGACAAGAAGACAACACAGGCGGUUCCGCGUUAACUUGAAGGUGGCGUGAAUGUCAAAAGAGCCCAAGUGACACAGCGAACGUGAAGGCAACGGAGGACAGGGCAGCCUCAUCCAAAAUGGCGAAGCACAACAAGGAUCUGGAGGAGGAGAUCUACGACAAGGUGGUCGAUUUGACUGAGUACGCCAAACGCCAGCGAUGGUGGAACCGUCUCUUUGGAAAGACAUCCGGCCCGCUGGCAGAGAAAUACUCUGUUGCCACACAGAUAGCCAUAGGAGGAGUGAGCGGAUGGUGUGCAGGCUAUCUCUUCCAGAAGGUUGGGAAAGUUGCUGCGACUGCUGUAGGGGGAGGACUCCUGUUGCUGCAGAUAGCAAACAACAGUGGCUACAUCCAAGUAGACUGGAAAAGAGUAGAGAAAGAUGUCAACAAAGCCAAGAAGCAAAUACAGAAGAACACAGACAAAGCAGGUCCAGAGUUGAACACAUUAGUUGAAAGGUCCACAGAAUUUGUGAAGAAAAACAUCGUGGUCACAAGCGGCUUCGUCGGAGGCUUCCUGCUCGGUCUGGCAUCCUAAGAUCUGCCAGAAAAAAAUGACGCCAUGCUCUAAAACAUUUUUGACCUGGUAGAGGAAAAAAGGGGAAAACGCUAUAUAUUGCUUAGUAGAUGAUCAAUGUUGUUGACAGCAUGUCUCUGGUGAUCUUGUAGCUGUCUUAUCUGCAUCGGCUGCACCCCUUUUGAUGUCUACUUCACUUCUGUAACCUCCACAUUAACCAGCCACUAUCAUUGUGUGGCAGGGGGUGAACAGACCCACUUCAUACUGCAGGCCAAAUUAUUCCACCUAAAAAUAAAAAUGACAAUCAUGCAAGUUUUAUUUAUUGUUACAAUGACAAAUUGUGGUAGUGCAUUAGGUCAAUAAAAAUUCAACAAAUGCUA